CCCCAAUCACCCCGACGCCUCCUUGGAUCCUAAUUACUUGAUCCCUGGGUUCGCCUUUGCCUCGGUCUUAUUGUUUGGUUUCUUCCUUGCGGUUUCCUGUCAUAUUCACCUUGCAUUAAGAACCCGGUGUUCUUUUUGACGGUGCUCAGCAAGAGACAAACACUUUAAUUAGUGCAUCAAGCUGGAGUCAAUUGUUUUUAUUUAACCCUAUUCAACAUAACAGAACCUAUGCACCGCGCAUAGACCUCGAUCGGAUCAAAUCUACCGGCACGGAAGCACCACAAACCCGCGCCCUCCAAUACAACGGAACCGAACACCGAAGCUGCACGAUAGCGGGCCCUGACAUUCGCGGAAAUUGGCAAAAUGAGCGUUCGGGUGGUUGCACGUAUCCGACCCCUCUUGAAGUCGGAGCGAGAGCUGGAUGUCAUCCUCCAUAGCGGAGCGAAGCAGACUGUCCCCGGAAAGACCGAGAAGAAGAGCUCCUCGGAGAAUGCGAAGUUGGCGGCUCUGAGGGAUAGGGAUACGCUGGUGCGCAUCCCGAACCCGAAGAAUGAAAACGAGGAGUACUCGUUCCAAUUCAACGCCGUGUACGACUCCGAUGCCUCGCAGCAGGAGCUCUUCGACGCAGAGGUCGCGCCUACGACAAAACAUCUCUUUAAUGGCUUCGACGUCACGCUGUUCGCAUAUGGGGUUACGGGAACGGGCAAAACACAUACGAUGCGAGGUGGUAAAAGCAUGGCGGAGAGAGGCGUGAUCCCCCGUUUUCUCAGUAGCAUUUAUCGCCGCAGCCGCAAGAUCGAAAAGGACAGCGAGGGAGAGUCAACGGCUACGGUUUCGCUAAGCUAUUACGAAAUCUACAAUGACAAGGUCUUCGAUCUACUCGAGCCCCCAGAGAAGAGGACAUUUUCCGGGCUGCCGCUCCGGGACAAUGGCGGAAAGACUGUUGUUGUAGGUUUGACGGAGAAGCCCUGCUCCAACCUCAAGGAGUUUGAGGUUCUCUACGACCAAGCAAACACCAACCGAUCGACAUCGGCAACCAAGCUAAACGCCCACUCUUCGCGAUCUCACGCCAUUCUCUGUGUCAAGGUCGCCAUCAAAACCGGCGACAAGACGCGCGUUAGCACCGCAUCGGCCAUCGAUCUGGCUGGCUCGGAAGACAACCGCCGCACCGACAAUGACAAGGAGCGUAUGGUGGAAUCUGCUAGCAUCAACAAAAGCCUGUUCGUUCUAGCGCAGUGUGUGGAGGCGAUUAGCAAAAAGCACCAGAGGAUUCCCUACCGAGAAUCCAAGAUGACCAGAAUCCUCUCACUGGGCCAGAACAAUGGGUUGACCGUGAUGAUCCUGAACCUUGCACCCGUCAAGUCCUAUCAUCUGGACACGCUAAGCUCGCUCAAUUUUGCCAACCGUACGAAAAAGAUUGAAGUCCGUGAGGUGGAAAAUGAGCCGAUAUUCAAGGGACCCCCUAGACCGGCAAUGCGACCAUCGUUUGCCAGUCAGCGACAACCUUUGCGCCCACUGACGGCCUCAGUGAAUGUGAACCUUGCCGCAAACAAGGACAAAGAUAAAGACGCUUCGAAGCCGGGUGACGGCAAGCCUAUCAAAGCAUUCCACGUUUACUCCGAUGGACCUCGUCCUAGACUUUCCACACAGUUCAAGAAGCCUGAGAUCCCUCAACGGCCCUCUAUGUCCUUCGAAUCUCAUGCACCUCGGUCUCUGAAGCCUAGCCGCAUUGCGCAACCACCACCGCAAAGGCACCACGAUGAUAUUUCUGCGGCUAGGAUCGAAGAGAUGGUGGAAAAGAAAGUCGAGGAAAUUCUCGCCGUUCGCGCAGUCAGCGAGCAGUCCCGGCAAACUCAAGUACGCGAGCUGAAUGAGCAAUUACAAAAGCGUCUGGAGCUUCUUGAGCAGCGCAUUGAGGGUAGCGAGGAUGCACGGGCCGAGGGAUUGUCUUACUUGCUCAUGGGCAAACAGCACCAAGGACGCGGGGAGGACGCUUACGCAUUGAAGAUGUAUCAGCUGGCCCUUCCUUUCUUCCCGAACAACGAGAAGCUUGCAUCCAAGAUCACUACUCUCAAGGAGCGCAUCAUCCAGGGCAAGCCUCGACCGGACGCUGACACCACGAUCGUAUCUGCUCCCCCAUCGGCCCAGAGAGGUCUUGGAAGCAUGCUAUCGCUGAAGAAGCAGCCCCCUAGGGUAGGCGCAAAGCGUGCAGCUCAUGACCUGGACGAGGAUUACGAAUACCCCGGUGACAGCACGCUGCAGCUGAGUGAUGAUGACGAAAUCCGAGAGAUUUCCCACGCGCGACGCAAGAAGCGCACCAAGACCCAGUCCCCCAUCGAAGAGGAGCCCGAAGUCGACUGCGAUGAAACAACACUCUCUCCUCGAACGAUCCAUAUCCUCUCGAUCAUCAAUACCCGCGACGUCAGCCAAAUAAAACUGCUGAAAGGCGUCGGGGCCAAAAAAGCCGAAGCCAUCGUCGACUGUCUAUGCGAGAUGGAUCAAGGCCUAGACGCGCAGGCAGACGAAUCCCGCGUCCAGAUCAAUAGCCUUACCGAGCUCAGCAAGUUGAAGGGCGUCGGGGUGAAGACCGUCGAAACCAUGAGAACUGGGGUUUUGGCAUAGACGGACGAUUUGUUGAACACCUGCAUCUUUGCAUUACAGGAGCCACAAGCAUUAGCAUUGUUAGCCUGCUCGUUUGGUCUAGCUUGUUUUUUUGCCAUUCCCUCCAUGGCUUUCGUCUAUCCGGUGUUAUUCUUUUCUUGUGCAUUUUCAUCGUCAUUUUCCACCAGCGAAGGUGUUUCUGGAGUUUCUUCCCAUUUGCUUUGGACUUGUCGAAUGUCUUCGGUGUCUGUUCUUGAUAUAUGCUUGUAGCAUUAGGUUUAGGUGUAGU